AUGACAGCCCAUGGCUGUGUUGUGCCAGAAACUCAGACCCCAGUAAACACCACCCUCACUUCCCUCCCACCAUGGCCCGGCACCCGGGGAGGCUGGAGCGGGCAGGGGCGGUGGCACACAUCUGCGCACUUCAGUCCCAUUGCUCCUAAGGUCUUGAAUGACGGGUGGGGGGCCCUCAGCCGCACCAGGCUUCCGGGGCUACCCAAUUCUCAGCGGACGAGGACAGGACGCCAGGCAAGAUCCCACGCUGGCCCAAAGCAGAGGCAGGGGUCACGCCCAAGGCCUCCCCGCCGCGCCUCCCCUGGGGCAGAGCUGCGCGCAGGGCGUGGGAGGCACACGCGAGGGGGUAAAUGGGGACAGCACCGCAGCCCCAGGCAGGCGUGUACCCCGCCGAGGGGAGGAGCCUCACAUCGCCCCACCCAUUACCACCGGGAUAUAAACCCCAGCCUGGCGUGGGAAAGGCAGAACCUGGGCAACGUGUCCCGCCCUUUCCCGCCCUCGUCUUUGCCCUGCGUCUUUGCCCUGCUCUUCUCGCUCGGCGCUGUGGCUAUGGAGCUGGUGCACAGGCCUGCCAUGGCCGCCGUGCUGCUGGCCCUGCUGGCCAACCUGGCUGCGCUGGUCGACGCCUACCCCUCCAAACCUGAGGCUCCGGGCAGCGACGCCUCGCCUGAGGAGCUGAGCCGCUACUACGCCUCGCUGCGCCACUACCUCAACCUGGUCACGCGGCAGCGGUAUGGAAAACGUGUGGCCCCGGAGGUGGUGCCCCCUGGCCUCCUGUCCCCGGCCGACGCUGAAGAUCGGCUCAUUCCACGAAGAUCGGGCCGGACUGCGCCUACCCGCAGUGAACACGCGAGACCCGGACACGCCCGCGGCGCACGACCUCCUGUUUGGGGGAGGGGGCUCCUCCAUGUCUUGGUCCCCAAUAAAAUACAGAUCUCAGACUGAC